CGAGCCCAAUUUCCUGGUACCAUUCUCCUCCUUCCCAGAGAUCCCAUAUAACCUCGACCCAGAACUAAAAAUAGGAGGAGGAGAAGGAGAUAGAGAGAGAAUAGAAGAUGCUGAGGAUUGCGGGAAGAAGGCUGGCCUCUCUCUCAUGGAGUUCAAGUCCCUCCGCCUCUGUCGUCUCCAGGAACCUCAUCGACGGAGCCGGACAUUCGUCGACCGAUGACUCCAGAUCGAUCUCUCCCGCUCGAUUCGUCCUCGAAUCGGGCCUCCCCGGCACGACAAGAGGAUUUUCUUCUGAAUCCCUCAUUCCUAGACAUCAGGACAUGGGGUUGGCUGACCUUCCUCCAACAGUGGCAGCUAUGAAGAACCCAACCUCAAAAAUAGUCUAUGAUGAACACAACCAUGAGCGAUUCCCCCCAGGUGAUCCCAGCAAGCGGGCAUUUGCUUACUUUGUUUUGAGUGGGGGACGGUUUGUGUAUGCUUCUUUGCUUCGUCUCCUGAUCCUUAAGUUUGUGCUAAGCAUGUCUGCUACUAAGGAUGUCCUUGCUCUAGCUUCACUGGAGGUUGAUCUCUCCAGCAUUGAGCCUGGGAGCACAGUUACGGUGAAGUGGCGUGGGAAGCCAGUGUUUAUAAGGCGCCGGACUGAGGAUGAUAUCAAGUUGGCAAACAUUGUGGAUGUGGCAUCCCUUCGUGAUCCUCAGGAAGAUGCAGCUAGAGUGAAGAACCCAGAGUGGCUCGUGGUGGUUGGGGUCUGCACCCAUCUGGGUUGCAUUCCUCUGCCCAAUGCUGGAGAUUAUGGUGGCUGGUUUUGCCCGUGUCAUGGGUCACAUUAUGAUAUCUCUGGUAGGAUUCGCAAAGGACCAGCUCCGUUCAACCUGGAGGUGCCUCAGUAUACUUUCAUGGAUGAGAAUAAGUUGCUGAUAGGUUGAAUUCUGUGUUUUGAAUGUUGUGAUAUGGUUCUUUAUAUAAAUAUUUGUCUAUCACUAGUGUCUGUUGGAUGUUACAACCAGUUUUCUGGUACUGUAUCAUGAAUAAUUAUGAUCACCUUGGUGAGCACAUUAUUAAGGUGGAACAUGCGUACUGCACCUCUGGGUUUUCAAGGUGUAAAUUUAUUGGAAAUAUGCCCUAUUAGCUUCUUGCUCUGUUCAGCAAGGAAUUGUGUGAGUUCUGGCCAAUGAUGGUCUCCUCAUAACUGAGAAGGCAUUGUAGAUUUACGAACCUCAUGGUUUUUGUUAUGCUUGGAGAGCAUGGUACGAGAGCUCAAUAUACAUAGCAUAUGGUUGUC